ACAGGAGGGUGCGGAAAGGGACUGCUGGCCCCGCCCUCAGUUCCUACCCUUCAGAGGUCCGGGUUUCCCCCUUUGAGCGAGCGUUUACCGCCGCAGCCACCAUCUGGGGUUUCUUCAGGCUCCAGGUUUCACUGCCAACCACGAGGAGUCCAGGGAGGAAAAAAGGAGCCUAGGUGCCAGUAACCCACACAUCUCACGCCUUUUCCUGCCCGAGAUCGCCCCGGCAGGGAUGGGCGACAAGAUCUGGACGCCCUUCCCGGUGCUGCUUCUGGCCGCUCUGCCCCUAGUGCUGCUGCCGGGGGUGGCCGGCUUCUUGCACUCCUUAGACAGCGACUUCACGUUUACCCUUCCGGCGGGUCAGAAGGAGUGUUUCUACCAGCCCAUGCCCCUGAAGGCCUCGCUGGAGAUCGAGUACCAAGUUUUAGAUGGAGCAGGAUUAGAUAUUGAUUUCUAUCUUGCUUCUCCAGAAGGAAGAACCUUAGUUUUUGAACAAAGAAAAUCAGAUGGAGUUCACACGGUAGAAACUGAAUUUGGUGACUACAUGUUCUGCUUUGAUAAUACAUUCAGCACCAUUUCUGAGAAGGUGAUUUUCUUUGAAUUAAUCCUGGAUAAUAUGGGAGAACAGGAACAAGAACAAGAGGACUGGAAGAAAUAUAUUACUGGCACAGAUAUAUUGGAUAUGAAACUAGAAGACAUCCUGGAAUCUAUCAACAGUAUCAAGUCGAGACUAAGCAAAAGUGGUCAUAUCCAAACUAUGCUUAGAGCAUUUGAAGCUCGUGAUCGAAACAUACAAGAAAGCAACUUCGAUACAGUGAAUUUCUGGUCUAUGGUUAACUUAGUGGUAAUGGUGGUGGUGUCAGCCGUUCAAGUUUAUAUGCUGAAGAGUCUAUUUGAAGAUAAGAGGAAAAGUAGAACUUAAAACUCAAAAUUAGACUAACAUUGAAAGAGAAAGAAAAAUGCAAUAAACUGUUACAGUCAAGACCAUUAAUAGUCUUUUCCAAAAUGUUUUCAGUCAUCACCAUGUGAAACAAGUAUAGUUUUAAUGUGAAAGAUUUCACUGUGCAUAAUUUUAUUGCUGCAGUUGUACUUCAGUGUAUAACAGAUAUUGUGCAGAGUAUAGGUAUAAUUGAAUGAAGCCAUAUUAAUAAUGGCAUUUUCCAAAGUUUAAAAAAAAUUGCAAAUGUCACAGGUGAUUUAAAUAAAUGAACUUUGAGCCUAAGUGCAACACCGAAUAAUAUUUUUAAAAGAUUCUCUUACCUGGAAGUUUCUUUGUUAAUGUGGCAAAUUACAAUUGUAGAAGUUUCAAUAUAUUAAGUUAUAAAUCAUCUGAGAUUUACCUAAUCA